AUGGAUCAGGGGAUAAUCAAUAGUUUCAAGAGAAAAUAUAAGACAGUGCUCUUGCAAAGAGUAAUCCUUGGCUUGGAAAGGGAACAACCUUAUCAAAUUGAUAUUCUUGGUGCAAUGCAUUUAUCAAUCAGUGCAUGGAAUGAUGUUUUAGAUGAAACAAUUUCUAAAGCCUUUCGACAUGCAAGUUUUAUUAAAGAAACGGACGUAACUGAAGAAAUCCAUGACAAGAGAUCUCACGACGAAGAUGAGGCUCUCAUGCAUGAACUUCGCCGUAGAAAUCCACAGUUGCCAGAACUUUCAUUCGAGGAUUUUUUAAAUGUGGAUUCUAAUGUCAUCUGCAUGGAGGAAAUAUCGGAUCACGAUAUUAUUAGCAGCAUAAUCAACGAGAUGAGAGACCUUCAGAUCCAGAAGAAGAAGAAGAAAAUGAAGUAA